GCAGUUGAUAACUGGACCAAUAACAGAAGAAGAAGAAUAUUGGCAGAUGUAGAAGAAGAAUGAAACGAGCAUGGCAGGAAGCAUAAGUAAUACUGCUGCUCCGAUAGCUAGUUCUCUAUCUAAACUACAGUCUUUAAAUGGAUUGUUUGCGAUAUAUAAGAAACAAGGACCGACAUCUGCAGACGUGUUGAAUACACUCAAAGAAGUUUUACUCAAGGAAGCUGGUGUACAAAACCCUAACCCACGGAAGAGGAGGAAGCAGAGCCUGAAGAUGGGCCACGGAGGGACGCUGGACAGCGCUGCUAGCGGGGUGUUAGUUGUUGGUGUUGGGAAUGGCACAAAGAUGCUCAGUACAAUGUUGUCUGGUUCUAAGAAAUACGUUGCUGUAGGGGAACUGGGGAAAGCAACAGAUAGCCUUGAUGCCACUGGCAGUGUGAUUCUGGAGAAAGACUUUGAACACAUAACCAGGUUGGACAUUGAGGAGAAACUGAAAGCUUUCACUGGUGACAUAAUGCAAGUUCCUCCGCUCUACUCUGCGCUGAAAAAGGACGGCCAGCGCCUGUCUGUCCUGCUGAAGAAAGGUCACAAGGUUGAGGCCAAACCAGCCAGACCGGUCACUGUGUACAAACUGACCCUGCAAGAGUUCAAGCCUCCUCUCUUCACUCUUGAUAUCGAGUGCGGUGGUGGAUUUUAUGUCCGGAGCUUGGUGGAUGACCUGGGAAAAGCGCUGUCGUCCUGUGCCCAUGUGAAGGAACUGAUCCGGACCAAGCAGGGUCAGUUCACCCUGGAGGAGCACGCCCUACCCCAGGACCAGUGGACACUGGAACACAUCCGGCGCUCUCUGCAGCCCUGCUCCGACUCGGAGCCUCCGGACGCCGACACCUGAGGAACACCCGACACCUGAGGAACACCCGACACCUGAACGGGACCCAAAGUGAGAAGCUGGCCUUUCGGUCUGUCGUGGUUAGUCAUGACUCACCUGCUUGGCUUUUCCAACAAAGAAAACAUUCGCUCUAGGCUUGCCAAUUUCUCCCAGAAGUUUUUAGGGCGUGUUGUUGAAUGAAGUGUGAUGAAUUGAGACGCAUGUCCAAACAGAUUUCCUGUGUAAACAAACAUUGGAGAAAAAACAUUUCACAUUGCAGGAUUUAUUAUGAUUCAUGCUAAAAGGAUUUAAAAUUUUUGUAUAAUUUCCUUAUAAAUCUAGUUCCUGCUCUCAGUCACAACUGUGGGGAAUCCUUAAGAUGAGCAGAAAUAUUAACUUCAUUUAUGUUGCGAUAUAAUGGUAUAUUGAUAUUGACUGAUAUGAAAAGGAGUAUUGUGAUAAUAUUGUCUUCAUUUAGGUGGUCUUGUAUGAAACACCAGCAGGUCCACCUUCUGUAGCCAUGCUGAAAAAAUUAAUUUACAAAGCAGGUGAAAUAUAUUGCUUGUUUGUGGAAAUGCCAUGAUCUCAGCUGUUCUCCUGAAAAAGACAUUUGUGAAUGAAAGCAAUUUCUGUUCUUCCAGUACACCGUGUAAAGCUGCUAUUAUAAUUUUUUUUUAAAGAUUGGUGUAUUCCACAUCUGAAAGUGUUGGUGUGUGUAUACAGCCUGUCUAAUUUGUUUUGCACUUGCAUAUUAAAUAAAUAUUCAAGUGAAA